UCAAAAUUAACAACUUUGACUAUCUUAACUACAUCAUUACAAUCAACUAUUUUGGCACAAGCAACAAAAUUAAAUGACUCAGUAGCAAACUCUUUAGCCAAAAAAAGGAAAAUUGCUGACCAAGUGGCUAAUACAGAAACUCCUAAUCCUCCAAUAAAAACUACUAAAAAUUUGAUAGCUACUAAUAAUAUGACUACUACCAAUAAGUCUUUAGGUAGUAGAAAAGAAUUAUUAGUAGGUUCUACAGUUUUUGAACUUAUUUUUAAUGAAAAUUACCUUUUGGCAAAACUUGACUCUAAUAUUGUUGAUACAUGGUACCAAAAACUUUUAAAGAAAACAAGUAAUAAAAAAGAUACUUGCACCUCUUCUGCAAACUUACAAGUUGAAUCUUUAGAUUUGAUGGAUGUUGAUGAUCUUUAUGAAAACUUGCUUGAUUCCAACUCUGAAAGCCAUCUAAGUGAUAAUAAUAUUGAAGACAAUAAUAGUAAUGAGAACUAUGUCACAAGUUUUUAA